AUGCUCAACCUAUCACACAACCUGCUGGGGGAUAUCCAGUCUCACACUUUUGCUUCCCUGACAAACCUGAGAGUGUUGGACUUGUCUUUUAAUCACAUUGGUGUUCUGGGCUACGACUCAUUCAGUGGACUUCCACAACUGAAAGCAUUAUAUCUAACAGGAAACUCUCUGCGAGACUUUGGCUUCCCCGCAUCUCUCCCAAGAUUAGAUUAUCUCAUGUUGAAUGACAAUAAACUCAAGUCGUUACCGGUCAGCGCUCUUGCGCGUUUUGCCGGUAAUGUUAUGCAUCUGGACAUCAAGGACAACCGCUUGACGAACCUGGGGCACGUCACCAUGCUUUCAACUCAUCUGAAACAGCUCCAGCGUCUCUUCUACGGAGGAAACCCAAUCCAAUGGUGUACGAUCAGUGGACGGGUUCCAGCAGUUGGUUUGAACAAUGUCCAGGUUCUGGAUCUUCACAGCAGUUCCCUGCAGUCCAUGUGGUCUCAGGGGAGGUGCUUGAAUCUGUUUGACAAUUUUGGACGCGUGAUCGCUCUGAACUUGAGCUUCAAUGCACUGCAGUCUCUCCCUUGGGGCCUUUUCAAGGGCCUCACCUCAGUAGCAGAGAUGGACCUCUCGUUCAACAGCUUGACCUAUCUGCGGCCUGAUGUGCUACCAAAUAGUCUGAAAGUACUCAACCUCUCCAACAACUUUGUAGCCUCCCCUGACCCCGACGCGUUUCGCUUUCUAAGCUUCCUCAACCUUAAAAUGAACCGUUUCCACUGCGAUUCAAACCUGAAGGGCUUUCUGACUUGGCUGAGGAAGACCAACGCGACCCUUCUUAGUCCUGUGGCGGAGCUCAGGUGUGAAUUUCCUUCUGGACUCUAUAAUGUGUCUCUGUUAGAUUUCUCUGUUUGGAACAACUAGAGAAUUGUAAGAAAUGAAACACAAAGACCAUGUGAUGUUGAUUUGUUUAAUCUCUGUAUGAUUUCACUUUGUAUGAAAAAAGAAAGACUGGUAAUCAAAGAAGAGGGCUCGUUGGUGUUCUUUAGAAAGAAACAGAAUCAAGAUUUUAGAUGGUACAUUAAAAAAAAUUAGAUCAGAGGAAUGUCAGAGACUAUGUUACCAACCUGGUUUAUUUAUCAAUUGCUUCUUUUCGUUUUCAUAUUCAUAUUAUGAAUAAGAUUAUUUGUCGUUAACUGUCAUCUCAUAAGGCAAGAGCUUAGAAGACUUUCAAAGGCCUUGGUGGGUGUGGGGGGGGCACUGAGCUGGAUUGAGAUCUGAAAAUUGCAAAUCAGUUUCAUACACAUGAAAGCAAUAAGUGGCCUCCAUGUGAGCUUUAUGGAGAUAUCUACAUAUUUGUUUUAUGUUUCAUUCAUUUAGAUAUUUCUUCAGAUCGUAAACACUUUUAUUUUGUAGAUCUAUGUAGUAAACUGACUGUACCCGCAGACAUUCAUGCAUAGUUCAUUUACCUUGCAAAGUCUGCAUUAAAUGUACGGUGACAGACUUAAUGUGACGAUACGGCUGCAUCUCACCGUCCAACCCUUUCACUUUGUGUGACCUGAGUCACAUUUAUUCUGCCCCACUGGUGUACAACGAUAGGAUGUUCAGCAUUUAACGCAUAUUAUAAACACAUGCGUUGUCAUCAGUUACAGAGUGUAAAUGACCACUAGCAGUGUUCUUUUAUUUUGAUGAUCCUGUUUCCUACUUAGAUUUUAUGUGACUUUUAUUUUGACAUCAUGUUAUCCGCUCACGUGAUUAAUCGCUCGCGCUCAUGCUCACAUCUGUUUAAUAGAAGACACGAGAAGCUAGCUAGCAACUUAAUACAUUAAGCUAAUGGCGGCGGACUUC